AUGAUUCACCUUGAAAACGGUGUCUCUACCGAUGUUCCUGGCACAGUAUAUUUGGUGGAUGAGUCUCACGCAUUACGAAAUGCAGCCCAUGCCGGGCACCAAGAUAUUGUUCUGCUACCACAGCCAUCAAACUCGCCAGCCGAUCCACUGAAUUGGUCGCGCACGAAGAAGCUAUGGUCCCUCAUCCUCAUAUCGGCCUAUGCAUGCGUGUUCUCAUUUGGCGAGAACAACACUGGCGCAAGCUGGACUACAAUCUCCGACGAUACCGGCGUCAGCAUCAAUAACAUGAACGGAGGAUCCGCACUCAACUAUCUCCUUUUGGGUUUCUUCAACAUUAUAUGGAUCCCGUCAGCGAUGAAAUAUGGUCGCAAGAUCGUGUUCAUUUUGAGUUUGUUGAUCCUCUGCGGAGGUAGUAUAUGGGGAGGCCUUUACCACGGAGUGGCUCAAUACUUUAUUGUAUCCGCACUGCAAGGCGUAGGUACUGCAGCGUAUCAGGCUUUGAUUCAACUUACUAUUUUUGAUGUCUUCUUCACGCAUGAAAGAGGCCGAAUGGUUGCGUUCUACAUAUUCUUCCAGCAGCUUGGAUCUAUCUUGGGCCUUAUAUUGGGUGGAUAUAUCUCGGAUGGAGUUGGCUGGCGCUGGUGCGCUCCUACUGUUGCCAUUGCAUGUGGUGUUUUGAUCGUUCUCUUUAUCUUCACCUUCGAUGACACCAUGUUCCCAAGGUAUAGAUUCAAAACUACACGCCCUGAACCCUCAAACGACAAGGAAGGUGCAGAAGAUCGGGUCGAUCCAGAGAAAAAGAAUCAACUAGGCUCCCCCAUCUCUGAGGUCGCAAGUAACACACUUGGAGAAGAUAUCACACCCCGCACUUACCUGCAGAAGAUCGCAUUAGUCCACUACUUUGCAGAUGACCAUACAACCUGGUUCCAGUACUUUCGUCGUCCAUUCUACCUCUUCGCAUUUCCAAACAUCGUACUUGCUGGUAUCCAGUUUGCCUUCGGGUGUACCGCAGGCAUCGUGACUUUCAACACCAUCUCUGAAAUCAUGACAGAGGCCCCAUACAACUGGAGUGCCGGAUCUGCCGGGCUAAUUUUCCUCGCCGCUCUGGUUGGAAACAUACUAGGCAUGGGAGUUGGCUGGUUAUCCGACUGGGUGGUUCUAUUCCUCGCCAGACGAAACAACGGAUACAAGGAGCCGGAAAUGCGUCUCUGGACGUACAUAUUUCCCUUCAUCUUUGGCGCCAUUGGCUACUUUCUGUACGGCUGGGCUGCUACAAACGGUGACCACUGGAUAGGUAUCGCCGUGGCACUAUGCUGCCUGAUUGCCCAACAAGUGUCCUUGACAAGUAUGGCAACAGCAUACGCGAUGGAAUGUUUCGAUGGAGUGAGCAACUACCUACUACCCCAUGCACACUGCCCGAUCUUUUGUUUCACGCUAAUCCAUUCCUUGCCUCAGAUCUCCGGCGAGCUUGUUGUUGUACUCGCGAUUUGUUCUUCACUGAUAAAUUUUGCAAUCUCGUAUUCCGUUCAGCCUUUCAUCGACGUCACGAACUAUGGCUGGGCAUUUACCUUUUUCGGUAUCCUGGUUGUUCUUGCCACGUUGAUGGGAAUUCCGAUGAUAAUAUGGGGAAAGAGCUGGCGUCGGAAUUGCAAGAGUCGAUAUGAAAGGUUCUUGGCGGAGGCCACAUAG